CGACCAAAAUCAUCAACCACAACCUCAACCAUCACUCAAGUACAUCAACCCACGAAAUAAACAAAUAAGCUACUCCUAAACCGCCACCAUGAAGUUCACUCUCGCCGCCGCUUCUACUUUCUUCACCGCUGCUCUCGCAGCCACUCUCCCCAAGUCUUUCACGCUUGUCGCUGACGGCGGCAACACCGUCCUCACUGACAACACCCACGCCAUCGUCGACGCUUCCCAGGCCAACACUCUGGAGAUCCUGCGCCUCCAAAGCGCCGGCGGUGCCAUCACCUUCACUCAAGAAGGCCUUCCCCCCACUGCCUGGCAGAACCUCUUUGCCAUCGAGGGCAAGUCUGAGCCUCUUGGCCUGACCAUCCCUCACUCCGGUGCCACCCCCACAGGCGCUGUGCUCAACGCCUGGGGCAUCACCGAAGACGGCUACCUCACAUUCCAGGGCCAGAAUUCCUUCGGUCUUUCUGCGGACAAGAAGCAGGUCUACUUCCUUGGAAAUGACUCCUCUAUUCCCAAGGUCACUCUCUGGGUUAAGAAUCUCAACUAGGCUGGUGCGUUCUGUUUAGUUGGAGGCUUGGGGACUCGAUGACUUGACGUCAUUACUUGCAUGUGGAUAUAGUCUAGGCUGGUAUUGGACAUAUGGACCAUAGUAAAUAAUAUAAAUACUUCCACGAUA